AUGCUCACCCCUGCCGCCCACCUUCUGCCCCUCCUGCUGGCAAUAGGCGCCGGGAGGGCUGUGCCCAGCCCCCGGGCACCUCCCCAGGGCUGCUACGUGGCCGAAGAAGCGGGUGAGCAGACGUUCCGCUGCAGCCAGGCCGGCCUGAGCACCGUGCCCGUCGGCAUCCCCAACGACACCCGCAAGCUCUACCUGGAUGCCAACCGGCUGGUGUCCGUGCCAGCGGGAGCCUUCCAGCACCUGGCUGCCCUGGAGGAGCUGGACCUAUCUCAGAACGUCCUUGCCCACCUCUCCGGGGCCGCCUUCCAGGGCCUGGCAGGCACGCUGCGCCUUCUCGACCUCUCGGCCAACCAGCUGGCCUCGCUGCCCGUGGAGGCCUUCGCUGGGCUGCAGGUCCAAGUGAACCUGUCUGCCAACCCCUGGCACUGUGACUGUGCCCUCCAGGAGGUGCUCAGGCGGGUGAGGCUGGCUCCGGGCACAGCGGCGGGCAUCGUGUGCGGCCCGGGGGCCCGACCAGACCUGGUGGGGCAGGAGUUUGUGCCACUGGCCGGGGAGGAGGAGCUGUGUGGGCCGGGGCGGGCCGGGGCCCCGCGGAACACUGACGUGGCCCUGCUGGUCGUCAUGGGGGGCUGGCUGGUGCUAGUGGGGGCCUACCUGGCCCACUAUGUGUGGCAGAACCGCGACGAGACCCGGUGCCCCGUGAAGCGGGCCCCGGCCCCGCCCGUGCGCUCAGAGGACUCCUCCACCCUCAGCACAGUGCUCUGA